AUGUCUCAGGAGUUGAAGAUAGUGGUUGAAUGUGUCGUAGUGCAGAGCCUUAUCAGGAGAUAUCUGAAUCCCCUCUGCAACAUGUAUGGCUUGAUGGAAUAUGGGGGUAUUGAGGAUGUGAGGUUUCCAUUUCAGAUGAAUGCUGUUACCAGCGUUGUUAGCCCAGAUGGAAAACACAUCGCCAAGGUUGAUUCCUUUUCCAUCGAAUGCAUCAUGAGCCAAUGCCAGGGCAAGGAAAUGGGAAAUAGGGCAAAAGGCGAGCACUCAUCAGGAGUGAUAAUCUCCGUGGCUUCUGGCCUAUGA